CGAGAGUCGACGGCCGCGGCCAGCGCCUCACGACAAGCCACUCCCUCUUUCCCUUCUCUCUCUGUCUCUCUCCUCGCUUGGCCUUCCCUUCCUGGCGUCGACGACUGGGCGAGCGGCGGCGCCUUUCGCCAAGUCUUCGGCCGCCCUCUUUGCCGGCGACGAGCACCCACCAGGUUGUUGAUAAGAGGAACAUAAGCAUGGAUAUCAUGCAAACUAGUGACUCUUCACAUCAUGGAAUUGUAGAAAACAGCCCAUAUAGAGUUCCAUAUGAUAGACAUGCAGAAGGGGGCCAACUUGGUGCUUCAUGGUAUUUUAAUAGAAAAGAAAUAGAGGAGAAUUCCCUCUCUAGGAGAGAUGGCAUUGAUCUGAAGAAAGAGGCUUAUCUUCGCAAGUCAUACUGCACAUUUCUUCAGGAUUUGGGAAUGAGGCUUAAAGUGCCUCAAGUGACAAUUGCUACUGCUAUAGUGUUUUGUCAUCGAUUUUUUCUUCGUCAAUCUCAUGCGAAAAAUGACAGGAGGACAAUCGCAACAGUGUGUAUGUUCUUGGCGGGAAAAGUUGAAGAAACACCCAGACCUCUGAAGGAUGUCAUACUCAUUUCAUAUGAGAUCAUCCACAAAAAGGAUCCUGCUGCAGUUCAGCGAAUAAAGCAGAAGGAAGUUUAUGAGCAACAGAAGGAACUUAUUUUGCUUGGGGAGCGUGUUGUACUUGUAACACUUGGUUUUGACUUGAACGUGCACCAUCCCUACAAGCCCUUGGUUGAAGCAAUUAAAAAAUUCAAGGUCGCUCAAAAUGCACUUGCUCAAGUUGCCUGGAAUUUUGUCAAUGAUGGGCUCCGCACGUCGCUUUGCUUGCAAUUUAAACCGCACCACAUUGCGGCUGGCGCAAUCUUCCUGGCUGCGAAGUUUCUCAAAGUCAAGCUUCCAUCAGAUGGCGAGAAGGUCUGGUGGCAAGAGUUUGAUGUAACUCCGCGGCAGUUGGAAGAGGUUAGCAACCAAAUGUUGGAGCUCUAUGAGCAAAACCGUGUUGCACCACCAGUAUCGCAAGGUAAUGAUACUGAAGGGAGUUCUGCAAGUGUUGCUAAUCAACGUGCUCCUGGUAAAGUUCCAGGGGCAGCUGAUGAACCUACUGCUCAUGAACAUCACCAAGCACCCAGACAAUCGAGCCAGCAAAACAUGUCAGGCCACCAUGGCUAUGACCACCCUCAUCCUGAGAAGCAAAACAAUAGAGUAACUCAUAGUGAAGCUAGGGAUAGCGCUGCAAACAGCAACGAAGGCCCCAAUGUGUCAUCCUCGAUGAUGGAUGCAAUGAAGAAGAUAAACAAGGAUAAGGUGAAAGCGGCCCUGGAGAAACGGAGGAAGUCGAAAGGUGAUGUUUCCAGAAAGGUUGACGUCAUGGAUGAUGAUGACCUCAUUGAGAGGGAGCUGGAACAUGGAGUGGAGUUGGCUGCUGAGGAUGAGAAGAGCAAGCAGGAGAGAAGGCAGAGCUGGCCUCAUCCUUCACACCGGGAGGAUCACCAGAACACCAAUCGUGAUAAUACUGAAGAAGGCGAGCUGUCCAUGGACAGUCAGGAAUACCGUUCCCCGGAGCAUGGCAAUCGGAAGAGGAAGGAUGCACACGAGCACCGGAACUAUGAUCGUGAUGAAAGGGACCUUAAAAGGCUAAGGUCAUGAGAGUCAUACACCUUUGUGGGAGUUCCUCUCAGGGUACCGCAUGUGGCUUGGGCUAUGACACGAUCAUACGAACCCUUCUGUCACAAGUGUACUUGAUGCAUAUUUUGGCGUGCUGGGGGAUUUGAACUGUUAUAUACUGUAUAACUUAAAGAUAACAUGUUUCCCCGGACGGUGGAGGGGGGAGAGUGUAUGUGUUAGGACUUGGCGACGUCGCUGAUUGAGAUAAUGUUAUGAGCUCGCGCAGUUUUAUACCGGGAACGGUAUUAAAGAAGCUGCAUCGUACGGCUAUCUGAAGUGAAAUUUGUGAAUGCAUCUGAUUCAUCUAUCGUU